CAAAUUAAAACAGGAAAUAUAGAGAGUCAAAAUAAUACUGUUGGCAACAAAUUGACAGAUCUUUGACAGAUGGUAUUAUGGCGGGUUUACACCACAAGCUUAACUAUCUCCUAUGAAACGCAAAAAUGAGUAAAACUGAGAAAUCCACAUCCCCAACCUCAACUUCUAAAGAUAAAGAACAAAAAGAAGAAUCGCCAUCAGCACACAAUAAGGAUAUAGCCAAAAUUUUAGAUACAAAGAUAGUUACUAACACAAACAUGGACAGUGAUACAACAGAAGAUGAAGAUGAUGGUAUGAGAGUGUGUGUUCAUUGCAGGCGAUGUUUCAUGUCAAACGGUGACUUAAUUCCCCAUUGUAUUAAUUCUCACUUUUGUGAUCCCUCCUGUUUUCAACACUGCUUACCAUCUCGAUAUGAAAAACACAAUUCGUUAAAGACUUACCGCUCAUUGGGAUUGACAAUUCGAACUUUGGGGAAGCGAUUACCUUUGAAAAAAUGCAAAGAUUGCAAUCAAAUUUUCAUUUGCCAUUUUGACUAUGUUAAUCAUGCAAUGGAAGUACAUCUGGUUGCAAAACCAUACGAGUGCGCAUGUUGCAAUAAAUGCUUUGAUACAGUUCUAAAUCGGGUGUAUCAUGUCAUGAAGGCGCACGGAAAAAGAAAUAUUAAUUGUAAAACAUGCGGGAAAUGUAUUGUAUCAUUACAUUAUAUCGAUAGUCAUCUUUUAAAAUGUAAUAUUAACACUUAUGAGUGUGAUAAGUGUGCAGAACAGUUUGCUUCAGAUGAAAUGCUUCAAAGUCACAUGACUAAACAUGAAGGAGGCGACAGUUUUCAAUGUGACGAGUGUGAAAAGGAUUUUGAUACAAAAAAGAAAUUGAAAGCACAUAAAAAGGAUCAUAAAAAUCCACCUGUUAUAGAAUCUACAAGAACACUACGAAAACGACGCAAGAGGAAAUAUGUUGAGGAGGUGGAUGAUGACGAAGAUGAAGAGGAAGAAGAAGAGGAGGAGGAGGAAUAUCCAAAAAGGAAAAAGAAAUCUUAUAUUGAGUGUAAAAUUAAAAAGGAAAAGGAGGAACCAGAAAGUGACAAUUAAAAAGAUUUAAACAGGGAUAUUUUACCAAAAUACAUAUAAAGAAGAAGAAUAAUCAUACAUAAUUCAUUUUUUUAAAUCUUUAUACGAUUUGAUUUGUAAGUAGGACAGCUUAAUAUUUACACAAUUAUAUUAACUAGUUAGUUUUUACUGAAACAUAAUCAUUUCUUUUUGUUUAUCUUAUAAGAAAAUAAAAAAAGAACUAAGUACAAA